GUCAUGAUAUAACCAAAAGCAAGCUUGUAUGUAGUGUAUCAAAGUAGGUUUAAGUGCGCAAAAUAAACGUUUUUCCGUUUACCAGCACUCAGGCUGAGCAGGCUUUAAAUAAUGUAUUCCAGGAUAAAAAUAAGCUGUUGCCAAUGUGCUGGAGGUGUCCUGUGCAGAUAUUUGAGUUCAGCCGAAGUAUCAACGGCGCUGCGACCCUUUUACUUCAGUGUACAUCCAGACUUGUUCGGAAAAUACCCAGAACAGAGAAAGAUAAAUGAAAACUCAUUACAACAAUUAAGUGCUCUAAUAGAAGCACAGCAAUCUAGUCGAAGAAUGUCUAUACCUCCACUAUCAUUUUACUUAAGGCAAAAGGAUAUGGCAGAAGGUGAAUUUAAACUAGUCAGAAUCCAGUUGAACAGCAGUGAUGUUAGGGAAACAGUUGUAAAAGUUUUAAGUGCAUGUGAUAUAUCUACAAAAUAUAUUGAUAAGAUACCAAAGAGUCCACAGAAGAACAACAAUACUUUUAGUAAGGAAAACUUUACAAAAGCAUAUAAAGAAUACAGUGUUGAAUUUGAGAAAGUUGCUCGAAUGAAGAGAAAAGUUGAGGAAAAGAAAGCAGUUGAAAAUCUCAUAGAGUGGAUCUACGACAAUAGUGCAACAGCAAGGAGUAAAUAUGACGCAACAAGUGCAACCAGGGACCAAGUGAAGAGCUUAAUCGACCACCUAUGCAGUGCUUAUGGUAUAAAAGAAGUAAAAUAUGAUGGUGGUUGGAAUAUUAGCCAUAUCAGAGGUGCGCUACAAAGUCUGGUUGCGCUGGCCACGCAACAUUCGCAACAUAUGAGUAAUUUAACAGGUAGAACCAUUGCCUUAGGACAAUUUACUGGCGUAAGCUUAGAUGGCGAUGUUUUCCUAAAUAUAAUUGAUGUAAGAAACGAAUGGCUCUCGCUUAUUAAAAAGGUUAGCCAAGAAGAUAGCGCUCUGACACAGAUACCUCACUACGAAGAGGCUUUGUCCAGUAUACUAAGGAAUAUACACAUUUGUAGACGGAAAUUCAUGCCAAAAGUGUCCGCUCACCAGUACUGCAGCCACUUGAGGCAGCUCAUCACAUCCAUCGGGGACUUUUACGGGCGGGGGAAAAAGAUCCCUGCCUCGGUGCCUGAAUCGCUUAGCAAAUACCAGAUUGUGGUUGAGCCGGAGGCCGGUCCCCUGAUGCUGUCCCCCACGGGCCAGUUCAUUACGCCGUCCUCCUGUCCGGCUGACGAGCUCAUCUACUUCAUCAGCAACCACCUGGACGAAGCCAUGAUGCUCCUCACUGAGUACAGCAUCAACAAGCACGUGGAAAAGGCACUUUACAAAGAAGUGAAAGAGCGGUUCGGCCUCCUGGAGCUACACAAAGACGACAGCAUCACGCCGGCGCUCAUGAUCCUGUGCUGCCAGCGGCUGCUCACGCGCAUCGACAAUAUUGACACGAAAUUACAAGGAAAUAUUGUAUACGUCACACAUUACUACUCAGUACUAACGGAGGGCGUUUUAUGCAUACCUUGGAACUUCAAAUGAGUCCUUUGCACACUUAUACCUACUUUGUAAAAAUUUUUAAAUAUUGUACAUAGGUCACACUGAAAGUUUUAGAGUAGACCAUUUUGAGAUAAUACAAUUAAAAUAACCAAUAUUUUUUUUAAAUGCACUCCACUACGCUUUAUAUAUAUUUCUUUUUUAAUAAUAAAAAUAUAGUAAUCGUUUUCUUAAGAUACUUUCAAUUGGGCUGUCAUUUGUUUUUUUUUUGGAUUGGAAAUUGAAAAUAUUCGUGUUAUGAUUUCUUGUGGCCUCAGUUAACUUAUUAAAGAUGUGAUGAUGAUGCGGCUAUAUCAUGUAAUAACAUAAAUACAUAAAGCAUUUAGUAUUUCUUAAUUCCGUGGAACAAAGUUCAUCAAGAAUACGAAUUAGUCCAAACUAUGAUUGUUACCUUUAUUUCAGUCAGUAUAAUAAUAAAGGCGGCACCCUAUGUUAGGUUUUAUAUAAUGUGCUUAUAUGUAUUUUUAUUGUUUUGUAAGUGUUUUUAUAUUUUACUUUUAUAUUCAUAUUAUAAAAUCCUAACCUAAGAUAAAUAAAGGAGAGAAUCUUAGUGUUGUGCUCCGUGACAGUAUCAUGUCUGCUUUUGUUUUUAUUAAUAAAGGUCAACAAUAUCAAGCGAGUGGUUAGAACGAAGCCUGCGAUUAUCAUCUAAUCUUUAAUCAAUAAUAAAAAGUUUUUUAAAUAGUAGGUAUUGAUAAUCUCUAAAUGUACCUAUACGAUUGCAUUUUAUCACGUUGUAUUUUGUAAUAUGCUUUUCA